CCGUCUCUUGUCUUUCAGAGGACCUUCUCUCACAGGCUAAAGUGCUAACAGCUGUUUGAUGGAGUCUGUGUGUGAGGACGACCUCUGCUGGCUGCAGCUGGAAGAUUACAGGAUGCUGCUGAUCAAAUCCAUUGAACCGUCUCGGAUCACUCCCUACCUCCGCCAGUGUCAGGUGAUCAGUGCUGAUGACGAGGAACAGCUGUUCAAUGACCCCGCCCUCAUCAUCAGGCGAAGAAAAGUUGGAGCAUUGCUGGACAUUUUGCAAAGAACAGGGAUCAAAGGUUACACUGCCUUCCUGGAGAGUCUGGAACUGGAUUAUCCUCAGCUGUACAGCCGCAUCACCGGCAAAGAACCCAACAAGACCUUCAGCAUCCUGAUCGACACCGCAGGAGAGUCUGGACUGACUCAGUUCCUAAUGUCAGAGGUCACCCGCCUGCAGAGGGCGCUGCAGGAUGAGCGGAGGCGCCGCCAACAAGUUUGCUCUGCUGCCAAAGAACAGGAGGCGUGGUCUCAGCAGCAGCAGCUGGGGGACCGCGGGAUGAGGAAGGUCACUGAGCGGCUGCAGAAGGUUCGGGAGGAGAGAGAUCGUCUGAGUGAGGAGGCGAAGCAGCUCCGAGAUCACAACUACAGCCUGAUGGCUGACAUCAACAGUCUGAGCCAGGAGAAAAGCCACGCCCUGCUGGCCAACCGAGACCUGCAGAUCGAGGUGGAGCGUCUCAAGCACACCCUGCUGCAGGCUGAAAGUCGGACUCGACUGCUGCGACAUCGGAUACUGAGACCCUUACAGGAGAGCCGGAACCUGGCUUCACCCACAGAGACCUUCUUCUAUUGCAACAGACUGGAGGAGCUAAAAGAGGAGCAACAGGGAGAGGAGAUGGGGAAACAGGUGGAAAAGAAUGAGGAGAAGAUGGAGAAGCAGAAGGAAGAGAGGGAGACUUCACAGCAGGAGCAAGAUGCACCUCCACAGAUGGACCUCCUCAGUACCGUCUACAAACUGAGGAGGGACCUCCAGCAGGCAGAGGAGCGCAGAGCCCAGACGCAGGAGGAGAAGGAGGAGUUGGAGUUGCACUGUAACCAGCUGAAAGGAGAUGUUCGGAUGUUCCGCCAACACAAAAACCAGACACUGCGGCAGCUGGAGGAGGUGAUCAAAGAGCGAGACAAGGCGCUGGUGGCCCAGGCGGCACAGCAGGAGGAGGCGCGGCUGCUCCUGCACGAGAAGGAUCAGUACCGGGAGCAGGUGCGACAGCUGACAGAGCGCUCUGACCGCCUGGAACUCCGCCUGCUCUCCUCCCAUUGCGAGAAGCUCCAGCUGAAGACCCGCCUCCGCAGGCUGACCUGCAUCCGGUCGCCGUGCGAGCCAAGUGUCAGCAGCGAGGAGCCGGAGGAGCCAACAGAGAGCAUCGUCAAAGGCAGAAGCGAGGACGCCCUCAGUAGGAUGUCAGGGGACAAUGAGGAGACUCCACAGGGGGGCGCUGCUGAGUUAGACCUCAAACACUGCAAUGCUGCAUCAUGGGAGCAGGAGACCGAUGACUCUUCAAGCUCUAGAAGUCAACCAAACUUUUUUUACCGCAGGAAGCGAGCUGUCAGGUCAAAGUUGAUUGCUUACACAUCCGCACACCUUGACGAUAGCAGUGGAAGUGACAUCACAGACUCUGACUGAAACCAGCGACUGUGCGAUUCAACGCAGCGCCCAGAGAAUUUAUUCAGACAAUUUCAGAAUUAUGACACAUUUGUCUCUCAGCUUUACGUUUACAAGUUUGUUCGAUUUUCCACUUCUUUUGUUGAUUUCUGUUUAUCUGAGACAUUUUACGGCAGAAUUAAUCCUUUGACGUGGCAUCAUUAAAGUCACAAUAAAAAUUAAACUAAAGUAUCACAGACACAGCACUGAAAAGAA